AUGCGUGUUCCUUGUUUUGCAGUCGUCCAACACAUAAAACGUCACAACAUUCUGCUGAAGAGGGAGCUUGGAGAAGGGGCUUUUGGGAAAGUGUUCUUAGCUGAAUGCUACAACUUGUCUCCUGACCAAGAGAAGAUUUUGGUGGCUGUUAAGACUCUGAAGGAAGCCAGUGAAAGUGGACGAGCAGAUUUUCACCGAGAGGCAGAGCUCCUGACCAACCUGCAGCAUGAGCACAUAGUCAAGUUUUAUGGCGUGUGUGUAGAAAGCGACCCUCUCAUUAUGGUGUUUGAGUACAUGAAACAUGGAGACCUCAACAAGUUUCUCAGGGCUCAUGGACCAGAUGCAGUGCUGAUGGCAGAUGGACAACAGAGUUUGCAGGUGGAGUUAACUCAGCCUCAGAUGCUGCACAUUGCCCAGCAGAUAGCAGCAGGCAUGGUGUAUCUAGCUUCACAGCAUUUCGUGCACAGAGACCUGGCCACACGCAACUGCCUGGUGGGAGAGAACCUGCUUGUCAAGAUAGGAGACUUCGGCAUGUCCAGAGAUGUGUACAGCACCGACUACUAUAGGGUGGGUGGUCACACCAUGCUGCCCAUCCGCUGGAUGCCCCCAGAGAGCAUCAUGUACAGGAGAUUCACCACAGAGAGUGACGUGUGGAGUUUGGGUGUGGUCCUCUGGGAAAUAUUCACAUACGGCAAGCAACCCUGGUACCAGCUUUCAAACAACGAGGUGAUCGAGUGUAUCACACAGGGUCGGGUGUUGCAGAGACCUCGUACUUGCCCCAAAGAGGUGUAUGACCUGAUGCUGGGCUGCUGGCAGAGGGAGCCCUACAUGAGACUCAACAUCAAAGAAAUCCACAACCUGCUCCAGAGCCUGGCCAAGGCCUCGCCUGUUUACUUGGACAUCCUGGGCUGAUCCGUUUGCCAGUAUGGGUGUGUAAUUGUUAGUAAGAAAAAGUGUGUGUGAAUGUGUGGUAUAAAAGGAGUUAGGGAUGGUUUCGAUUAGGAUGAGUUGAUUGAAUAUAGAUGUGGGUGCGUCUCUGUGUGUGUGUGUUCAUAAAAAUGGCUUGUGCUUCAGCACUCUAACCACAUGGACUAAAAGGCCUUAAAGUUGACUGUGUGCAUUGCUUUGAGUUUUCACACAUCUGGACAUGUCCAUCUAUCGUGCAUCAAUAUGUUUUCUAAAAAACCCAAAUAGUCUACAAACAGAAACAUCUGAUUGUUGUAAAUAUGCGUCAAAGACAAUGCAGACCUUUUGUUUAACAACCUUUUUUAAAAAGGUAAUUUGGUUUAGGGAAGUUUAUAUUUGUUUUUCUCUUACCAUUUUGUUUAUCGAGAUGGACAAAAUUCAGACUUGAUGAGGACCCAGUCAUUAGCACAACGCUGUCAACGCCCUGGCGUCAUUCUGGCAGACUUUACGCAGAUCGCAAUACUAUUCAUACCGCAAACUAUCGAGUAACAAUCAUGGAAACUGCCAGAUUCAUGUUUCAUUUGAAGUUUUUUUUUAACACAUCUGAUCUAAUUUUAGACUUUUCUGUGCCAAGUUUUGAUGUCUAUAAUGCUGAGGUCGAGGAAAGGCGUUUUUGGACAUCUCUGUGCGCCCCAUCUUACUCAGCGCGAACUUCGUUAUAGAAGCACAGCGACAAAGACGCCUCCAGUUUUUGUUUUUUUUCUUCGGAAGAGGCUUGAGGUUGGACAGAGUGUUUGGAGUGAUCACAGAGACAAAGUCACCAGCAGUGGCACUUAGGUAUUUCCUCAGACUUUGUUUGGCUCCCCAGCCAUAGAAGGAAUAUCAAAGGGCACUUUGUCUCUCUAACUGAGGUUCGAAGAACAAUGGGAAGAUGCUGUUCUUGUGUCAAUGGUAACAGUCUCAUUUUUUUUACGUUAUGGUGCUUACACACUAAAAAACAUUUUGACGGAAGGCUUGAUGGGUAGAAAUCUGCAAGAUUGUGUUUCUGAGGGUGUGGAAAGAGCCAUUCAUCCUGGAUAUUUCCCUGCCUUUCCAGCAUCCCUGCGACCCUACAUCGGACAAGCGGUUUUGGAUUAUGGAUGGAUGGAAAGAGCCAGGGCUGUUUGAAAUAAAGCAGAAAUACAGCCAAUUGGAUUUCUGAAAGCACAAUUGGAUCCGCCUCCCUGGGAUUCUCAGUAGUCAACAGAUCCCUGCGACCGUGCAUUACAGCCAAAGUACAAAUUCCCUCCACUUUUGGUCACAGAACCGAUCAUCGAAAUCAACAAAUUCCCAGCAUUCUCCGACGUAGCGUGAACUAAUGUGUAGGCACCCUUAAUCGUCAUCAUGUUGAAAUUUGAUGGACUUUGCCUUUGCGAAGACUGAAGAUUUCUUUCAGACCUGUUCCUGAGGAGUAUAUCCAUAGAUGUUGUUCAUAACACAACAGACCUGCCUGAUCAGUUGGAGUUGAUUGCUCUCGGAUUAUUCAUUAUUAUCUGUUUAUGUAUCAACUGCGAAAUAACUCCUAAAUAAUAUGUGUAUGUGAUAAUCUAUGAUCGAUUUGUUUUCGAUGUAUUGUGGGCCGUUUCAAAGCGAUGGGCACUGUGAAGUGAAUGUUCAUGUGAGAAUGAACGAGUCGGACUGUCCCUGAGGUCACGACAGGAAGACCCUAUGAAGGGACCGUCCAGAUUCAACCUGUGUUUCAACCCCACUAAACAAGUUACCAGAGGAGGACGACUGACAACCAACAGGUUUAAAUAGACUACAAAGGACUGAAUGACAAAUAAAAUUGUCAUUACACUAUACAGUGCAUUCAGACAGUAUUCAGAUCCCUUCAUUUUUGUCACAUUUUGUGUUGUAGCCCUAUGAUAAAAUUAAGCUUUUUCCACAUCA